AUGGCGCAUCAUGAUCCGCGCGACUCGCGCGACAUCCCCGGACUGCCCUUUCAAGGUGAUCAGGCAUUCAUGCUGCCUCCCAUCCGACGCGCCAGAGUACCCGAGCGGGAGAAGCGAACCUAUAGGGCCUGUCUGCAUUGCCGCCAACGAAAAAGUCGCUGCGACCUAUAUGGCAGUGGCGAGCCGGGAAAACCACCUUGUGAGCGAUGUAUAAGAGAAGAUCAUGAAUGCAUUCUCGGCCCAUCUCAUCGUGGCGGCCGAAGGAUCAAACGCAGCGCUACAGAGUCCGAGCAACCAGAGAAUGGUCUUUCUCGCAAUGCUUCUUCGAGCGAGGAUAUUGGCCAGUCGUCUGUUCUUCCUGUGCAACAUGUGCCGCAUGUGCAACAAGAGAAUACUCGCGAAGAAAGGGACGAAAAUUAUCACAGACGGCUUCCAUCAUGGCCGCAAUAUACGCCAGGUUCGAGGAGUACACCGGCAUCUGCUCCAGAGGCACCGACCUCCCACCCCAGUAUCAAGAUGACUGUCGACGAAAGCAUCGUCUCGACCAACCUGCAAAACCCAUCUGACGCCCUUGAGUUCCUAGCUAACGUGGCUGGUCGCAAUAACGAAGGAGCAGCACAAACACCCUCCGCACAUGGUUCCAUUCAUGCAAAUACAGUUUCCACCGUACCAGAAGGGUCAUGUCUCUUUAGGCAUGAUGCAUGCACUGAUAGAAAGUACCACCAGUUCUACUCAGUUGUGCCGCCUUUCAUGUUUGAGGCAGAUAAUCUUGCAGCGAAUUCGGUACAUGAGCCAUACCUACUGGCCGCUGUAUGCACCAUUGCUUCCAAGGACGAGCCAUCAUGGUGGGAUACCCACGAAGCCUGUUCAACUCACAUGCAGCAGCUCAUUGCCGAACUCAUGUAUGGUGGUAUCGCCACUCUCGGUGCUGUAGAGGCGCUGCUAGUACUGGCCGAAUGGGUCCCAAGGCCGCCCCAAUCAAUGACUGCAGUUGGUCGAGGAGAAGAAGAGCAGACUGCGUGGAUGCUUUCGGGCAUGGCCAUUCGAAUGGGCUAUCUUCUAGGCAUCGAUCGCACGGGUUUUGUGAACGAAUCUGACCCUGGAGCACCGGAUUACAUUCGGAAACGUCUUGCUUGGGUUGGGUGUUACAUGAGCGAUCGCCAUAUAUCUGUUCGUGUCGGGAAAGCCUUCUGGAGCAGAGGCCCGGCUAUGAUCAAAUUCUCAUCUCGAGACUUCCAGGACAUCAAAUACCCGGGCAACCCUAUGGACAACUUUGCGGCUCUCUGUGAAGCACACUUGGAAUUGACGCAGCUUUUCAGCAACGCUCACGACGUAUUGUACUCCUCGAAGAACAGGAGCGCACAACUGAACUUUGGUGGGGAAUAUGUCAAAUAUAUUGUGAGGAUCUUGUGUAUGGACGCAGAAGCGGACAAAGCUAACCUUGCAUUAGNNGACGACUUCCGAGAAGCCAUGAGCGCUUGGCNNACUUCGGUCAUCAAAGCAGCUCUCAUCAUAUCCUUCGAAUACCUUCGACUUUACGUCAAUGCUUUCGCAUACCAAGCAACUCUGACACGUAUGGCGCAAGAGUAUAGUGACGAACAAUCCUCACGAGGUCCUCAACGUGCGGAUGGACGGGUUGCAUUUACAGACUUUAUCGCCGCAACGCCAGACGCGCGAUUUAUCUACGAUUCUAUCGAUUCGGCCAAGAAGUUACUGACCAUCUCUAACACACUGCUUGACCCUACGACAGAGUUCAGGUACAUGCCAUUGCGGUAUUACCUUUAUGUCAUCUACUCGGCUGUCUUCUUGUACAAAGCAAGAUCGACCGGAGUCCUGGGUGCGGAUGGCGGAGAUGUGAAGAGAACCACUGAGCAACAGAAUCAGAUGAACAUUGACCAGACACCGCAACAAGCUUACACCAAUGCUUUCACUUUCUCCUGGCUAGAUCUCCAUGCAGUCGGCGACUUUGCGACCAACAACAAUGGCAACAUGAUGGAUAGUUACGAGAGCUUGGACGACGUCUCUCAAGAACCAGCAUACGGACACUUCGAUCCAAACUUUGUUCAAGGACAGCAGCAACAGAUGGGCUGGAAUAGCUUCUCAGCUCCGGGCAUCAUAUUCUAG